AUGGAGGUUACGGUUGACGACGAAAAUCCUGCUGACUACAUGAGUAGGCAUCCGGAUCAACCAGCAGCGACAGACGCGGCCGAAGACUAUAUAAAUUACGUGUGUACAAACAGUGUGCCCAAGGCACUUACUGUGAGAGACGUAGAGGUACAUGCUUUGAGUGAUCCGGUGCUACAGAGGCUAAUCCGUGCAAUUGAACAUGGACACUGGGCAGAUGAGGAACUCGUUCCAUAUCUGACAGUGAAGGAUGAGUUAGCAGUCUUCAAUGGCUUGGUGCUGAGGAACACACGCAUUGUGUUGCCAGUUUCGUUACGUCAAAAAGCAAUCGAAUUGGCCCACGUCGGACAUCAAGGUGUCGUCAAGACCAAGAGCUUGUUACGCGAGAAGGUUUGGUUUCCGGGUAUAGAUCGUUUGGUGGAAGAGCGAAUUAAGCAGUGUUUGCCAUGCCAAGCUGCUACCGCCAACAACGCAGAAGGACCAGAACCUCUAAAGAUGACAACACUACAUUGCGGACCAUGGAAAGAAGUGGCAGUAGAUUUUGGCGGUCCAUUUCCGACGGGAGAAUACUUGCUAGUAGUGGUAGAUGAGUAUAGUAGGUUUCCAGAGGUAGAGCUGGAGACAAGUACAUCAUCGAAGGCCACAAUUCCUAAACUAGAUAGCAUAUUUGCCAGGCAAGGUAUACCAGACACAGUGAAAACCGACAACGGACCACCGUUUAAUGGUGCAGAAUUCUCAUCGUUUGCAGAAUCGUAUUGCAGAAGACGUAUUUACACCGUUCUGGCCACAGGCAAUAGAAAGAAGCUGAACGAUUCAUAA